UAUUUCUAUAUUUGACAGUAAUAAAUAAAGCGCGCGUGUUUGAGAUGUACACAAACAGUUUUUAGGUUAAUCAAUUUCGAAAAUACUUCCGUCGAUUUCAUUAAUUUGCGUUAAUUCCAUCACGUCCUAGCAGUAAUUUAACUUUUUGCGCGAUGAAAACUGCCGAUAAAUUGGCUAUAAUCAAAGUGGCAUCACAGGAGCAGAGUGAAGGCAGGGGUCAAAAGAAGAAGUACAUCGAAGACAUCGAUGAUGGCAAAGAGAAUGUGGCCAAGAGAUUCAAGUUGGAUCGGAGUAUGAAGCCCAUUGAGAGUGAUAAGAGGAAAAAGUUGACGCACAGAAGUGUGCAGGCUGGCGGUGAGUGUUCUGUGACUGCUGACGAUUUAACCUCGGAGGAGACCAGCGAGAAUUACUGGCGUCUGUUGGCGGAGAAGCGGAAGGCGGUGCUGGAUGACAGUUUCAAGGAGAUUGAGAGUCUUAAAGAGAAGGUCGAAGCCCUGAAGGAGGAGAACAAAACGUGCAAAGAGAUGUUGGAUGAAUCGAAGACUUUGGUCGAAGUUUUACAGGAAAUUAUUGGUGGAGAUGAUGGUGCUGCGGAAGACUCUUGAGGAGUCACGGAUGACUGAGUGAUUGCAGCCAAUGUGAAUUUACCAAUUGACGCAGUGUAUUUGCGAUUUUAGUGUUUGUAGUUUUUUUUUUUAAUCACCCAUCAAAUUUAUCGAUUGAAAUAUUUAU